AUGCGAUGCUCAACCAACAUCAUCUGCCCCUUCAACACGCCGCAGGCACCCGUGCCGCCAGCCAGCCAGCCGCCGGCUGUGGCCGUCUCCGUCACCGAGCCGCGCGCACCGGCCGCCGCGCCAGCGCCCCUGCGCCGCGCAGCGGUGCCGCCGGUUGCUCCGGGCCGGGCUGACGGCGGCGUUCCGCCAGGCCCGCCCUCGGAGCCCCGGGAAGCAGCAGCCGGCACGGUGGCCGCGGCCGCGCGUGCGGCGCCAGCCGAGGGCGCUCCCGGCACCGGCGCCGCGGCCGGCGCUGGCAGCACCAGCGCCGCCCCCGCAGGCGCCGCCCCCGCUCCUGACGCCUCCGCGGACACCGCGACGCCGUGGAUCGGGGAGCUGCGCGGGGCCAGUGCGCCCGGGCUGGUCGCGAUCGGACUGGGAGCCGUUUUCUUGGACUUUUUGGGUUCAACCGCCACAAAGUCCAGCCGCAAGGCCACACCCGCGACUGCGACCGCCGCAUCGAUCACCACUCCUCCGGCCAACAUCGCCGAAACCAAGGCUGCAGCGCCGACGCCGCCGCCGCCGGCCGUUUCGACGGGCAAGGCGGCCGGCACCGGUGUGGGCGCUGCGGCGGCGGACAGCAGCAAGCCGCCAGUGGCUGGGGCAGUGGCGUCGGGCAAGCCCAGCGGCAACGGCCGGGGCCUUGCGAGCGGCAGUGACCGCGGCAGCGUUGUGAGCGCUGCUGCCAAGCAGUCUGCCGCGCCCGGGCUGGUUGCUAUCGGAUUGGGGGCCGCGUUCCUCGACCUUCUGAGCACGACCGCCACAAAAUCAAGCCGCAAGGCCGCGCCCGCGCCGGCCACCGCCGCACCGGCCACCAUCGUACGGGCGACAGCUGCGCCGACUACGGCCGCUGCCGCCGAACCCAAGGCGGCCGCCGCUGCCGAACCCAAGGCGGCCGCGCCGGCGGCGGCGGUGCCGGUGCUGGCGCCGGCGACGCCGGCCGCAGCGACGGACAAGGCGGCUGGCGCCAGCGCAGACAUUGGGGCAGGCGCACAGGGCGGCCCUGCAGCUACCGGCAGCAGCAAGCUGUCAGUGGCUGGGGCAGCUGCGGCGGGCAAGCCCAGCGGCAACGGCCGGGGCCUUGUGAACGGCAGUGACCGCAGCCGCGCCGACAGCGCCGCCGCCAAGCAGCCAGCCGCGCCCGCAGCUGGUGCGGCUGCUGCCGUGAUCAGCGCACCCCCCUCGGUUGCGGGCCGCGCGUCCCCCACGGCCGCGAGCACGGUGCCCGCCACCGCUGGCAAGGGGCCCGCAGCCACAGACCAGGUGGUGAACACCGCAGGCAAGCAGCCUGCGGCUGCGGGCAAGGCGCCCACUGUUGCAGGCGAGGCGCCCGCGGCUGCAGGCAAGGGAGCCGGCGCCGCAGGCCAGGGGCGCGACGCAGCAGGCAGAAGGCUCGUGGCCGCGGGCGAGGAGCGCAAUGCGAAGACGCCCGGGCUGCUGUUCCUGGGGCUGGCGGCGGCGCUGCUAGACUUGGCGCGGCCGGCCGGCGAGGUGGUGGUCGACGCCACGGCUAGGAGCGUCAAGCAGCUGCAGGUGCGUUGA